UUAUUAAAUAAAUGGACAGGCAUUCUAUUCAAAUGAAUUCAGAGAGGAAACCCAAUUCUGAGCUUGAUGCCAAUAACCAAGAUUCUAAUUUAGAACAAGAUCAGGAUAAUAACUUUAUCUAUCAAGAUAAAGAAGGAGAUGCACAUCCUUCUCAUCACAACAAGCAAAUAUUAGACAUGAGUCAUUCUCCAGGACUUGGAUUUGAAGUUCAAAGAGUUCAGCUUGCAGAAGAACAUUUCUUGGACUGAGAUACUGAAAAAGACGCUAAAAUUGAAUUCUGCUCUCCUUCUACAUUAAAUAAUGAUCUUAGUGAGAAUCAAGAGUCUAUUAUAGGAGGUGAUAGAGGAGGGUCUUCUAUCUUAAGACAAACUCAGAAUGUAGAGAAGCCUCAAAGUGUGAUUAUGCCCAGAAAGUUGGAUUUAAGAAUACAUACAAAUAUUAACGAUAAUUUUGAGAUACUUUCUUCUCAGAAUUCAUCAAUCAUCUCUCGCUUAGUUGCAGGGGUAGAAGAUAGUCAUGCUAUCAAUGAAGAAGAUACAAGGAACAACUUACUAGAAGCAACUGGUGAAACUUGCAUCAUAUUUGAUAAUGCUCAGGCCCAAACAGAAAACCUUGAUGCUGGAAGUGAGGAUGAAAACCAAGAAUGUUCUGAAAAAGCGGAAUUAGGACAAACUCUGAGCUCUCACUUUCUUGAAAACACAUCUGAUGAAAACACCAUGAUUAUUCAUAACAAUGUUCCUUCAGGAGAAAGUCUUAGUGAAUUCGAGGAAGAGCUUAAGCAGAGUGAAGAAUCUGCAAAUUCAGGUGAAAAUUUUAAAAGAGAAAGUAAAAUUUCUAUUAUUAACGACCCAACUUUGAAAGAUCAUGAGUUUCAGAGAAUAGAAUUAAAUUCUACUUUAAAACAGUCACAGACAAUACUAGAAGACUCUGACCCUUAUCAGCAUUGAGAGAUAGGAGAAAUGCAAAGCCCAAGUCAAAAUAGUGCUCAACAAGAACAAAUGAAUGUUUUUAAGAGAAAGAAGAGCAAAAAAUCUUCAACUGGAAGUUACAGUGAUACUUCAGAGACUCAGAAGGAUAACAAUUCAUGUAGUGCACUUGAUAAAAGUGAUGUCUUAAAAACUCCAAAGGAAAGAGAUAUCGCUCCAAAGGCAUUUAAAAGGACAAGGAAAGACUUCAGUAACAAAAGCCAUAAUAGCUCCAAAGAUAAGACAGUAGAUAUGUUAAAAUACAAGAAAGAAAAUAGCAAGCUUCAGAGGGAAAUAGAGAAAAUAAAGAAAGCUCAUGUCGAAGAAAUUGAAAGAAUAACAAAAGACUUUGAUGAUAGACUAGCCCAUUCCUUAAAUGAAAAGGAAAAAGAAUAUGCUUUGAUCUUGGACUCCCAACUUAUGGAAAGAGAAGAUCAGAUCUUAGAAACUGAAAAUAGGCUUAACAAAGAGUAUAGUGAUAGAGUAGAUCAGUACCAAACUAUUAUACAAAACUUAAAGAAGGAAAAUCAAGACUUACAAGAAGAGAAUCAAGAUCAGCAAAAUAAACUUGAUGAAAAUAGUAAAUUAAUACAAAGCCUGAGACAAGAAUUGGAAAAACAAACCUUGAAAGUUAAAGAACUUCAGUGUCAAAAGGGGACUCCUGUUAGUUUGUAUAAACAGAUAAAACCUCCUAUAGUUACUGAGAACACUCCUCAAGGGCUAAAAAGAGAGACUAAUGCUGUCAAUUCUUUUCCUAGAUCUAUUUCUAGCAAUGGGAAAGAGAAUAUGACUGAAAAUACUCUUGACAAGAAACGUCCUAUUGAUAAUUUAAAAGGCUAUUGGAAAAAGAUGAAGUCAAGAAGAAGCUCAAAAACAAGGAGAAGCAGGUACCUUAAUAAUGCCCAAAAUAACCGUUCCCAAUCUUACUCUAAUCCUCCAAGUGGAUGCCAGAGUACUGUCAAGAGGCCAAAUACUGAGUAUAAGGGAUAUAAAGAAAGUCCGAUUGGUUGAAAGGAGAAUGACAAAUCCGGUAAUAAAAAUGACUUGGUGCCCACUAAUCAAAAAGCUUGAGAUAUGAACGAGAACCUUUCUCUAUCCCCCAAAUUUGUCAUAGAUGUUAAAGAAGAACGAUUCAAUAAUGACAGCGGGAAUAUUAACUUCAGUCCUCGUGAUAAUGGAGAAGAGGUUGCUCUGAAGGCAAAGCUAACAAGUCUGGAAGAAAGUUCAAGCAAGAAGAAUAAAUUAAUAAAUGACCCAUACAAUACAGUCGAAUGUCCAGACUCAAUGAAGAAAGAAGGCCUGAUAGGUAGGAAGCCUGAUGUCCAAAACCAAGCAUCAGUAAAAGAUAUUGAUUGGAAUGAGAACAUUGAUGAUACAUUUGAUGAUGAUUCAGCAGAUAUAGAAGAUUCUAUGUUCUUAGACGAAGUUGCAGUCAGUCAAAAAGAGAUCAAUACUAGCUUUAUUAAUAUAAAGAGAAAUCAGCCAAUGGAGUAUAAGAUGAAAAAGAUCUUAAGCUAA